GAGUUUCCACCUUUUGAAAAUGUUGAUGACUGAGGUGCAUACAAGCUCAUGGCGAUGGUUUGUUUGAGGGUUUGGGUUCUAUUGUUCUAAUGGUUGUUUGAGUAGCGACAAUGUCUGAAGGAUUUUGGUUUCAUAGCAAUGUACGAUCAAGUUCAGGGUAGUAGCACACGAAAUCAUCAUUCAUGGUAAUCUGGACAUUGUGAUUGCAUAAAACAACGCACUCAUUCCUACCACUUUCGUAUGAUCUUCUUUCCCUUCCAGUAGAAACCCCCUUCUGUGAAGCGACUAGAAGUUGUUUCCUAGCGUUUGUGAGCUUAGGGUUUUGUCGAAAGACGUCAUUUCCCGCGGAUUGUUAGGGUUUUUGCUUUUGCACGUCUGGUUUUUCACACAAUCGCAUAAUGGCCAGAAAAUCCAGGAAGUCAAAACAAGAAGGUGACUUUACUCUGAUUUUGAUUUGCAUUUACCGAGUAUUUUUCUUUCAUUUUGCUCUCUACUUAUCUAUAUUUAUAUUUGUAUACAUCGAUGGGAUAGAAGUUGAAGUCGACGAGAUGGUAGAGCCUGAAUACGUUGAUGAAGACGAUGAUGAGUUCGAGAAAGACGGUUUCAUAGUGGAUGAUCUUGAUGAAGAAGAGGACCUGGCAGAUGGUGAUGAUGGGAAACAAAAGAAGAGAAGGAAGAAGAGAGAAUCAAACAAGAAUUAUCUUCUUGAUGAAGAUGAGUAUGAGCUCCUUGAAGAUAACUUCCCUGGCUUUUCUCGCCCAAAACUUGGAAGUGAAAAUUAUAAGCGGCUGAAGAAAGCAAGGAUGGAUGCUGAUGAAGGACCAUCAAUGUUUUUUGAUGAGGAAGAAUAUGACAGAAGGGGAAGGGCUAGGCGAACGGCAGAGGAGAAGCUAAAGCGAACUAUAUUUGGGGAUGAUGAUGGUUCAUUUCUAGAGGAUAGUGCUGAUGAGCAGCUGCUGAACGAGGACAAGUUGCUUGGUGAAGAAGAUGAAAUGGCUGACUUCAUUGUUGAUGAAGUUGAAACAGAUGAACAUGGUGGUCCAUUGAGGAAGGCUAAGGUAGACAAGAAAAAAUCCAGGCAGGCACCAGGAGUUUCCUCAUCCUCGAUGCAGGGUGCUAAUGACAUAUUUGGUGAUCUUGAUGAUCUUUUGAUAAAAUACAAGUUAGAACCAGCAAAUGUUAGCAGAUAUGAUGAAGCCACUAAAUUGAAGGAAAAGAAGCUUGAAGAUGAAUUUGAACCAAUCAUUCUUUCAGAUAAGUACAUGACCAAGAAGGAUGACCAUAUUAGGAAGAUAGAUAUUCCAGAAAGAAUUCAGAUAUCUGAAGAAAGCACAGGUCCUCGGCCAACAGAUGAUACGAGUAUACACAGGGAGAGUGACUGGAUUCUUAAUCAACUUAGAAUGGGCAUGGUACCUUGGCUUGUCAAAGGAGGUAGUAGAACAACUGAAGAAGGGAAUGAGUUGUCGAUACUUAAGGAUGAUGUUAAGAGGUUUUUGGAGCUCAUCCAUGUUGAAAAAUUAGAUGUACCAUUUAUUGCUAUGUAUAGGAAGGAGGAGUGCAAUAGCUUGUUUAAGGAUCAAGAAUUACAUGAAGGUGACGAGGAGAGUCAACAUACUUCUGACCAAAAACCCAUUUUGAGGUGGCACAAGGUACUUUGGACUAUCUUGGAGUUGGACAGAAAGUGGUUAUUAUUUCAAAAACGGAAAAGUGCUCUACAGUUAUACUACAAUAAGCGAUUUGAAGAAGAACAAAGCAUAUAUGAUGAGACACGCCUUCAUUUGGAUCAGAAAUUUUUUGAGUCGAUUACCAAGUCUCUCAAAGUAGCUGAGACAGAAAGGGAAAUUGACGACGUUGACUCAAAAUUUAACCUUCACUUCCCGCCAGGUGAGGUGGUCGUGGAGAAAGGGGAAUUUAAGAGGCCAACAAGAAAAUCACAAUAUGGCAUUUGCAGUGAAGCUGAACUGCGGGAAGUUGCUAGCAAGUUUGGGUAUAAUUCGGAGGAAUUUGGAUUACGGAUUUCUCUUGAACAAAUGAGAAUGGAUGAACUAGAGGAUGCUAAGGAAACGCCAGAAGAGGUAGCAUCAAGGUUUACAUGUGCAAAGUUCGAGAAUCCACAGGCUGUGCUUAAAGGUGCUAGACACAUGGCUGCUGUUGAGAUUAGCUGUGAGCCAUUUGUCAGGAAACAUGUUCGUAGAAUCUUUAUGGAUAAUGCAACAUUAUCAACAAGUCCCACUGCUGAGGGAAAUGUGGACAUAGAUUCACGUCAUCAAUUUGCAGGGAUCAAGUGGUUGAGGGACAAACCUCUGACAAAAUUCGAGGAUGCACAGUGGCUUCUUAUUCAAAAAGCUGAGGAGGAGAAGCUUAUUGAAGUUUCUAUUAAGCUUCCUACGCCUAUCCAUGAUCAGUUGAUUAAUGAUGCUCGUGACUUCUACCUUAGUGGUGGGGUGAGUAAAUCCUCUCAAUUGUGGAAUGAACAACGGAAGCAGAUACUGAAAGAUGCUUUUGAUGAUUUUCUUAUACCUUCUAUGGAGAAGGAGGCAAGAGCCUUGUUGAUAAGUAGAGCAAAAAGUUGGUUAUUAAUGGAAUAUGGAAGAGUAUUAUGGAACAAAGUCUGUGUGGCACCUUAUCAGAAGAAGGGACUUGCACCUAGAGUUCUGGCAUGCUGUUGGGGACCUGGAAGGCCUGCAACCACCUUUGUCAUGUUGGAUUCUUUUGGCGAAGUUCUUGAUGUGUUAUAUGCUGGUAGCCUAAGUGUACGUGGUCAAAGUGUCAAUGACCAGCAACGCAAGAAAAAUGAUCAACAACGCAUUGUGAAAUUCAUGGCAGAUCACCUACCUGAUGUUGUCGUUCUGGGAGCUGUGAAUGUGCCUUGUAGCCGGCUGAAGGAGGAUAUAUAUGAGAUAAUUUGCAAGAUGGUAGAAGACAACUCUAGAGAUGUUGGCCACAAUAUGGAUGGCGUAAGUGUUGUAUACGGUGAUGAGUCUCUACCACGCUUGUAUGAAAAUUCUCAUAUAUCAUCCGAGCAGCUUCAGUCUCGAUCUGGCAUUGUUAAGCGUGCUGUUUCCCUUGGACGUUAUCUUCAAAAUCCACUAGCAAUGGCUGCAACUCUUUGCGGGUCAGGGAAAGAGAUAUUAUCGUGGAAACUUAGCCCUUUACAGAGCUUUAUUACUUCUGAUGAGAAGUAUGGCAUGGUUGAACAAGUCAUGGUAGAUGUCACCAACCAAGUGGGGCUUGAUGUAAAUUUGGCUGUAAACCAUGAAUGGUUGUUUGCUCCUCUACAGUUCAUUUCUGGGCUUGGACCCAUGAAGGCUGCUUCUUUACAGAGAUCUUUAGUGAGAGCUGGUUGUAUAUACAGUAGGAAGGACUUGUUGAACCAUGGUCUUGGCAGAAGGGUCUUCAUAAAUGCUGUUGGUUUCUUACGUGUUCGGGGAAGUGGGAAUGCCACUAGUAGUAGUCAAUUUAUUGAUUUAUUAGAUGAUACAAGAAUCCACCCAGAAUCAUAUAGUCUUGCACAGGAGUUAGCUAAAGAUAUUUAUCGUGCAGAUGCCCAAGAUGAUGUAAACGAUGAUGAUGAUGAUAUGCUCGAGACAGCAAUAGAGCAUGUGAGAGAAAAUCCUAACCUGUUGAAGAGUCUUGAGGUUGAUGCAUAUGCCAAAUCUAAAAAACGGGAAACUAAGAAAGACACCCUCAGUCUUAUAAAACAGGAGUUGAUACAUGGUUUCCAGGACUGGCGACGGGAAUAUGUGGAACCGAGCCAGGAUGAAGAGUUCUGUAUGAUUUCUGGGGAGACAGAGAAUAGCCUUGCGGAAGGAAGAACUGUGCGGGUUACUAUUCGCAGAGUACUACCUCAGAGGGCAAUAUGUAAUCUUGAAUCAGGGUUGAGUGGUAUGCUCAACAAGGAAGACUAUAGUGAUGAUUGUAAGGAUGAUGAUUUGACCGAGAGGUUGAAGGAAGGUGAUAUUUUGACUUGCAAAAUCAAAUCGAUUGCAAAAGAUAGGUACCAGGUUUUCCUUAGCUGUAGGGAAAAUGACAUGAAGAGUGAUUGGACCGAGAAUAGUCAAGCCAUGGAUCCCUACUAUCAUGAAGUUCGUGACACUUCUGUGAGUGUGAAGGAAAAGCCUUGUAAGGUGAAGGAGCUAGCAAAGAAGCUUUUCAAGCCGAGGAUGAUUGUUCAUCCUCGCUUCAAGAAUGUUACAAUAGACGAAGCCUUAGAGUUGCUCUCUGAAAAAGAACUUGGUGAGAGUAUCCUCCGUCCCAGCUCUCGUGGACCCUCAUAUUUAACCUUGACGCUCAAAGUUUACAAUGGGGUGUACGCUCACAAGGACAUUCUAGAAGGUGGAAAAGAUCAUACAGACAUUACAAGCUUGCUUCAUCUCGGGAAGACACUCAAAAUAGGAGAGGAUGUAUUUACAGAUCUUGAUGAGGUCAGUUUAUCAUUAAGAAUAUGACAUGAUAACAUGCUACAUCAUUUUUGGAAUUGGAUUAAUCGACGCCAACACUAGUAAGCUUUUAUUCCGUUAUGGUUUGAGUGGGUUAAAAUGAAACCCAACAGAGUGCAGCCACCUUGUGUAACAACAUAUCUUUGAACAUGGUUAGCUUCGAUAGGGUGUCAUUGUUGUUUUUGGUUUGAAAUCUCAUGGUGCUAGUAUGGGACAAUCCACUUUGACUCCUUUUUUUAGUUUACAACACUUCUGUAUUUGGAAUAAGGGAGGAACGAAAGAAGAAAGGUGCAUUCAACAGCUCAUGAGUCUUUAUUUGCUCAUCAUUGUCUGUAUGCAAUUUUCAUGGUCUUACGAGCUUUACCGAGCUUUUCUUGGUUGAUAUUUUUUGUGAGAUUUUGAUGUGUUUCAAGAUAUUUGGUCCAACUCCCUGUACUGGUGAUCUGUCUUAGGACUCUGCAGACUAUGUUUCUUUCUUUUGGAUGUAUUUUGUUUGUCUGUUCAGUUUCAGACGCUUAUUUUUCUACAACGAUGACUGAGUAUCGAGAAUUGAGUUGUUAGUUUCAGAUAAUUUAUCCCUCUCUUUUGAUGUCAUAUUUCUAUUCAAUUAUGAUCAACUGCUAUUGCUAUCUUAACACAAGCACAAUUCAGUAUAUCACCUGCCUAUAUUUCUACAUGUACAUCAUGUUGAAUGAUCAAUUUCAAUGCAUUUGCUAAUUGAGUGCUAGUAGAGUGAUUGUGUAUACUACUUAAGGAUCUAACCCUGUUACAUGAGUUCUAGUAGAGUGAUUGUCCCCGAAUUCCAUGUCUCACCAAUUACUCUAAGACACGAUUAUUUUUUUGAUAUGAAUUUAUUUAAUCCAUCUUUUCGUUCUCCCUGAAUAAAUGGAUGGUGUGGAUUUACGUGAUUGGUGGACGGAAUUUGGGGACAAUAGAUUUUUGUUCCACCGACAAACCUCCCCAAAUAGGAAUCCCCCUUUUAUUUUUAAA